AUGGCCGACGAGAAAGCGCGCCGCCAAGCAUUCCACGAUGCAGAUGAGGCCAUGCAGGCCAUUCAGGACCUGCAGGGCGAGGCGAUCGAGCUAGACGAGGCGACAACAAGCUGUGAUGGAAUCAAGGAGGACCUGUCGUUGAAGCACGACCAGUAUCAGUGGCUGGCCAGUUUGUUCUACUUCGGGUAUUUGGCUUGGGAAUAUCCGACCAGCCGGCUGCUGCAGAUGCUUCCGCUAGGCAAAUAUUCCGCCGCGUGUAUUAUUAUCUGGGGCUCCAUUCUCUGCUGUUUCGCUGGCGUCACGAACUUCUCUGCGGCCUUCUUCCUCGGAGUCUUCGAGGCUUCUGUCACCCCAGGCUUCGCACUGUUAACCGCUCAGCAGCCGGGUAACAUCUGGUUCAGCUUCAACGGCUGGGGCCAGAUCUUCGGAGGUCUCGUAGCGUACGGGAUCGCGGUGGGAACCCGCAUCCACGGAUCGGCCAUCGACCCCUGGAAGAUCGUCUUCCUCGUCACCGGUUUCCUGACCGUCGCGCUGGGACUGAUCUUCCUCUGGGUUGUCCCUGACAGCCAGCUGAAUGCGCGGUGGCUCAAGAAGGAGGACCGGCUGCUGGCGAUUGCCCGCGUGCGAGUCAACCAGCAGGGUAUUGGGAAUAAGCAUUACAAGAAGUACCAGAUUGUGGAGACUCUUAUGGAUCCGAUGACUUGGGCUUUUUUCUUUUUCGCUAUCAUCGCUAAUAUUCCUAAUGGUGGUAUCACGAAUUUUUUUAAUCAACUGAUCACCAGUUUCGUCGAGAUCGUCGCCCUGCUACUCAGCGGAUACAUCGGGCAAUACACGGGCCAGCGCAUCCUGUGCAGCAUGGGCGGGCUGGUAGCCUCCAUCGUCGGCAUGGUCCUCAUCGUGGCUCUGCCCCUAAGCAACAACGUCGGCCGUCUCAUCGGCUACUACAUGACGCAAGCUAGCCCAACACCAUUCGUCGCCCUGCUCGCGCUCAUCUCCUCCAACGUCGCGGGAUACACCAAGAAAACCACAGUAGCAGCUUUAUACCUGAUCGGAUACUGCGCGGGCAAUAUCAUUGCACAAAAGGUCCCAAGCUUUCCGCCCCGAAGACCCCCCCGCUACGUGCCCGCCGAAAUCACCCUCAUCGUCUGCUGGGGCGUCUGCCUGAUGAUCAUGGCCUUCAUCUGGUGGUGGUAUGACCGCGAGAACAAGAAGAAGGCGCUGAAGCGAGCUGCGCGGACUAUGUCCGCAUGGAGAACCAGGAGUGUUGGAUCUGACGGAUAG